UUUGCAGACGAAGCUGAACUGAAAACAGUUGAAUUAACUCAUCAUAUUAUACAAAUCGAAUAAUUCUACUGUAUUUUGUCUUUGAUCCAAAUCCCAAAUUUACCAAAUUGCCAGAGCGAUGAUGGGUUCAGAGAACCACCACCAAUAUGUACAUGUACCGGGUAAACCGGAAGAUGACGACGAAGAAGAAGAAGAAUGCCACCACCCCCUCUCCACCACUGGUCAGAUGCAAACCCUAACCCUCGACGGCGACGGCGUCGGCGAUAGUAUCCUGAACGGCGACGUUUCGACCUCCAAAUCCUAUUCCAAUUACCGCAGCGCCAUGACGACCCUCUCUUCCUCCGCCGCCGAACAUCCCCUCCUUUCUCCGCCGUCCAUCGCCACCACUCCCGCCGUCUCCGAUCCCCUCCUCUUCCCCACUCACACCCCGCAUCUGGAUUCCCCCUCCUACGCCGACGUUAUGUUCAGCUCCUUCGAGGACAGAUUCCCGGAAUCAAACGGCGCCGGAGAUAUCUCCGAUGAAGCCACGAUUUCGCCGAACGGAUCUCAGUCCUCCAGUUCCGAGUAUUUGAGGAUCAGCGUUUUGAAUCCGCAGAAGGAGGUGGAGUCUUCCAAUUCGAUUGUCCCCGGCGGCAAUACUUACGUCACCUAUCUGAUCACCACCAGCACAAAUGUCCCCGAUUACGCCGGCACCGAUUUCAGCGUCAGGAGGCGGUUUAAAGACGUGGUUACUCUAUCGGAUCGUCUGGGCGAAGGUUACAGAGGUCUUUUCAUCCCACCACGGCCGGAUAAAAGCGUGGUCGAGAGUCAGGUGAUGCAGAAGCAGGACUUUGUGGAGCAGAGGAGAGUGGAAUUGGAGAAGUACUUGAGGAGGCUUUCGAGGCAUCCGGUGAUUAAGAAAAGUGACGAUUUGAGGGCGUUUUUGACUGUGGAUAACAGAAUGCCGCUGCCAGCUAGCAUUGACGUGGCUUCGAGGAUGCUUGACGGAGCAGUGAGGCUGCCGAAGCAGCUUUUGGGGGAGUCGAGCAGUGCGAUUGAGCCGCAAGAUGUAGUGCACUCUGCUAAAGGGGGAAGGGAUAUGCUGAGGUUCUUUAAGGAAUUGAAGCAAUCUGUUGUCAAUGAUUGGGGUAAUUCGAGGCCUUCUGUGGAGGAGGAGGAUAAGGAUUUCUUGGAGAAGAAGGAGAAGUUGUGGGAUCUUGAGCAGCAACUCACUAAUGCAUCGAAACAGGCUGAAUCACUGGUGAAAGCACAGCAAGAUAUGGGAGACACUAUGGGAGAACUAGGUCUAGCUUUUAUCAAGUUAACAAAGUUUGAGAACGAGCAGGCGGCACUGAAUUCUCAAAGAACGAGGGCUGCGGACAUGAAAAAUGUUGCUACGGCAGCUGUCAAAGCAAGCAGAUUAUAUCGAGAAUUAAAUGCUCAGACCGUGAAGCAUUUUGAUACACUACACGAAUAUAUGGGCAUGAUGUUAGCUGUACACAGUGCAUUCUCUGAUCGAUCUAGUGCUUUAUUGACAGUGCAAACUCUUAUAUCUGAUUUGUCUUCUUUGCAUUCAAGAACUGAAAAGCUCGAAGGUGCAUCAUCUAAAAUUUUUGGUGGUGAUAAGUCAAGGGUCCGCAAACUUGAGGACCUAAAAGGUGCCAUUAGGAUCACAGAGGAUGCGAAAAUCUGUGCAAUCAGAGAAUACGAGAGGAUUAAGGAAAAUAAUAGGAUUGAAAUCCAGAGGCUAGAUGGCGAAAAGCAGGCCGACUUUGUUAAAAUGUUGAAAGGGUUCGUUGUUGAUCAGGUUGCUUAUAGUGAAAAAAUAGGAAACGAGUGGGCUAAAGUGGCAGAGGAGACCCGAAAAUACGCAAAAGAGAGCACAUAGAAGAAGCCAAAAAUAUGCAGUUUUGAACUUUUUUUUUCUUCCUUUUGUUUUCUUAAUGAUCGACUUUGUGAACUAGCAAAAGGGAGUAAAUGUUCAUAAUAAACAUACGUAAAGUUGGUUACUUAUUGAACCAUUUUAGAUCUUUUUAUCAGCCCCCCUUUUUUCGGGGGGCAUGUUUCUUUAUCCUCGAUUUUCUGGUUUUAUGAGAGGGUUUGUAAACCCUCGGAGCUUUGAUUGUAAUACCUGUAAACAUGUUUUCCUAAUACAGAAAAUGAUAUGUGGAACUUUGUUCAAAGAUGUGAGCUAAGAAU